GAGACUGAAGGAUGAGGAAGGCCGGGUUCUGGGGACUGCUGUGCGUGUUCUUUGUUUCAGAAGUCCAAGCUGCCAUUGUCCCAACUGAAGAAAGGUAUGACCUAGUUGAGGGCCAGAACUUGACCGUGGGCUGUCCCUUCAACAUCAUGAAGUAUGCCAGCAGCCGGAAGGCUUGGCAGAAGCUAUCACCUGGGAAUGAACCUUUGACCCUGGUGGUCACAGAGAGGUCCUCUACAAGACCCAGUGAAGUCCACGUGGGGAAGUACACCCUGAAAGAUGACCCUGCUGAAGCCAUGUUACUUGUUCAAAUGACUGACCUUCAAGUGACAGACUCUGGAUUGUAUCGUUGUGUGAUUUAUCAUCCACCCAAUGACCCUGUUCUGCUUUUCCAUCCUGUCCGCCUGGUGGUGACCAAGGGUUCUUCAGAUAUGCCCACUCCUGACAUCAUUCCUACUACAAGGCUGAAUAAGCUUCCCAUCCCUAGUACCACAAAAUACUCACCCAGUGACACAACUACAACCCGAUCUGUACCCAAGUCCCCUGCUGUUGUUUCCUCUCCUGACCCUGGAGUCACCAACAUAAACGGGACAGUUCCUGGCAGAGUCUCCCUAUCCAUUGUUAUUGUUCCCGUGGUCUGUGGACUCCUCAGCAAGAGCCUGGUCUUCACUGUCUUAUUCGUUGUCACACAGAGGUCAUUUGGAUGACAGAUCUUGAAGCUGUACAACAGUGACCUUCAGCUGUGUCUAUUUCACAGGAGGAGCUGAGCUGGAGGCUAAGGAGAAACUGUGACAUAAAUUGAAGCUGUAAUCAUGGGUGACAUCUAUGGCUCAGGAUGUCCUCAGCUGGCCCUGCCUACUCUCCUCAUUGCAUCUGUCAUCACGGGGAUGUGCUGCACCCUCAGAAAAGAGGAAACACUUCCCAGCACACUCUGAUUAUUACCCCUAAAUAACUUUGCCUGAAAUAAAGACAGAGCCCAGUGC